AGGAUCGCCCCGCCACACCACUCGCUGCAUUGAAGCUUUCUGAUUCGGCGGUGUCCACAUAGUGAAGAGCCAGAGAAUAAUCAUGAAGGCGUUUCUGGUCUGUGCCCUGCUCGCUACGAUCGUCGCUGUGAGCUUAGCUCACCAUUUGGAGCUCUGCAACAAAAAAGACGAGCAGCUCAAGAAUGAACUCCAGUGCAUUGGGCUGCACAUCUCGGCGGGGGCGAACCAAAGCUUUGACAAGGCAUUGAAGACUCUGAGCUGCCAGGACUGGAGCUGCGUCAUCCGGAAGCUCUGCGUCGGAAACAACCUGGAAGCCGCCAUGGCCAACCAUUUCACGAAGCCUCAAAUCACGGAGAUUCACAACGCUGCCACCACCUGCGAUCCAGAGGCUGGGCACCACCACCACCACCACUGAAUACAGUCCACUCUAAAGAAAUCCGAGAACGGAGCCUUGGUUGGGCAAACAGUUCCUACAAAUUCCAGAGGCACUCCAUCGAGGGACUGCGGGCAGCUUUAUGUCUUGUAAGGCAAAAUGUUUUAUCUUGUCGUAAUAAGGUCAAAUAAAGACACUUUUCUGUGAAA